AUGUCCCUUUCAAACAGACCGUGCUCUUCCCUCAAGCUCGCUUGCCGCCGCCUGGGAAUGCACACGUGGCCGUACACGGCACAGUUCAACCUUGACAACAUUUGUGCCGAGCUCAAAUGUAAAGUGAGCAAGAACAACGUGUACAAUGGCGAGUGUUCUCGGUUCAUCUAUGCGUGGCAGGCGUGUAGGCGUACCUCCACACCACACAACAGAGCCUCAGCCUUUGCCUCCUUCCAGUCCAGCAUCGUGCUCGCUGCUCGCUCUAGGGCAGUGAAGUCGGUGACCAGGUUGGAGGCGUCGGAGACCGGGCAGACGGAGGGGCAGGAGCCGUACAUGGCGCGGAAGGAGGAGAGGAAGGACUCCCCGUCAGGAGCGUCAGCGCUAGGGGCAUGA